UGCACAUAUCACGUUUCAAACAACUCCUCCGAUGCACCCUGAUGUGCACGGUUGAAUCGUUUGUAACCAACGCGAGAAUUACAAUAUUGUUAAGUAAUGUAGCGUUAUGACGGUGACAGGGGAUGCGAAGGUAUACGUAUACCACCCUUAACUGAUCGGCACCACCGCAAUGGAGAGCACAAGUGACAAGUUUUUCUACGUGUACAGUUCUUCUUUAGAUGCCAGGAUACAGAUUAAGAUAGGCACUUUGGAGGGCAAAAGACAGAGACCAGAGUACGACAAGCUACUAGUAGAUCCUUUACUCAAGUACUCGGGCCUGUAUGGAGCCGGAGGGAUCCGCGGGGACUUGGCUGCGUCUUUGCAAGUGUGGACCGGUGGCAGGCCAUUGGCUCUGCCUGUGCACACAGCUUACAAGCAUUUCACUUCCCGUUGGAACUGGAACCAGUGGGUCACUCUGCCAAUCUCAUAUGCGGAUCUGCCACGUGACGCACAGCUGUGUAUAACAUUGUACGACUGUGCCGGGCCUGGCAGACAGCUUCCAGUAGGUGGUACGACCAUACCGCUGUUCGGCAAGCAUGGGGUAUUUCGACAAGGCAUGCUGGAUUUGAGAGUGUGGCCUGGAAUAGAGGCAGACGGCAGUGUUCUGACCAGCACACCAGGAAAAGCGAGGGAUCAUGGGAAGGAGCAGAUGCAGAGGCUCGCGAAACUUGCCAAGAAACACAGAAACGGGCAGAUGAACAAAGUCGACUGGCUGGACAGAUUAACGUUCAGAGAGAUCGAGUUGAUUAACGAGAAGGAGAAGAGGGCGUCGGACUAUUUGUACUUGAUGGUAGAAUUCCCGGAAGUAACGAUGGAUGGUGUACCGUACUCGGUCGUGUACUACGAGAAAGACGGCGAUGAGGUGUUUCAGCAUAGGCUACAGUCGGACGUAGUGACGCUUCCCGACUACGAAAUUCUACAAGAAAAUCUCGUGGAGGCGAAACACCAUAAACUGGCCCGUAGCUUACGUAGCGGCGGUAACACUCGCGAAUUGAAGCCCACUUCGACCGUGCGAGACGCACUCAACACUAUAUUGAGCUAUCCGCCGACAACUGCGCUUUCCACCGAGGAACAAGAUUUGAUUUGGAAGUACAGGUUCUAUUUGUCUAGCCAGAAGAAAGCGUUAACGAAAUUCGUCAAAUGCGUUAACUGGAGACUCGCUGGUGAGGUGCGCCAGGCCUUGGACAUGUUGGUACUAUGGGCGCCACCGGAUCCGGAGGACGCGCUGGAGCUGCUAGGACCCGCGUUCACUCAUCCGGACAUCAGGAGAUACGCGAUCAGCAGGCUCAAUCAAGCCCCUGACGACGAUCUAAUGCUGUACCUGUUGCAGCUGGUGCAGGCGUUGAAGUACGAGGACUUUGAGAGCAUCAAGGCAGCUUACCAAGCGAUGGUGAAAGAGAAGGAGGACAAGGUGGAGAGAAGCGAGCGACCAGAGAAGAACGAGAAACUGGACAGAGACGUAAGAAGCUGCGAUUCAACGUCUACGCCGAUCACGACUUCCAGUGAAUCCAGCCAGCUGUCGGCGAGCCAGGAACCGCUCAUGGACCUGGCGUCGUUCCUGAUCACGCGUGCCUGCCAGAAUUCCAUGCUGGCUAACUAUUUCUAUUGGUAUCUCUCCAUCGAGUGCGAGGAUCAGACUGAUCCCGCGAUCAGCGCCAAGCAAGACAUGCGAGUCCGGGAGAUGUACGUCAUCGUAAUGAAGAUGUUUUCCAUGAUGUUGGCGCAAGGGAACGUUGUCUGGCAAAAGAGAAGGGCGUUCUUGCUGCGGCAGAAGGUGUUUAUCGACCAAUUGGUAUCCCUAGUGAAGGCAGUGGCGCGAGAGAGCGGCAAUCGCAAGAAGAAGACUGACAGGCUGCGGGCGUUGUUGGCGGACCCGGAUCCGGCGUUCAAGAUCAACUUCUCGAAUUUCGAGCCGAUCCCGUUCCCCUUGGACCCGGAGAUUUGUAUCAAAGGGAUUAUCCCGGAAAAGGCAAGCCUAUUCAAGUCCGCGCUCAUGCCGUCGAAACUCACAUUUUUAACGACAGAUAACAGCGAGUACAUCGCUAUCUUUAAACACGGAGACGAUCUGCGGCAAGACCAGUUGAUUCUACAAACGAUUGCGCUCAUGGAUAAAUUAUUAAGGAGAGAAAAUUUAGACUUGAAACUGACGCCAUAUAGGGUACUCGCGACAAGUACCAGACACGGUUUCUUACAAUUCAUCGAAUCCACGACGGUCGCGGAGGUGUUGGCUAGCGAAGGCUCGAUAUUGAGUUUCUUCCGAAAACAUCAUCCCUCCGAGACUGGACCUUACGGCGUAGUGCCAGAAGUCAUGGAUACUUACGUUCGCAGUUGCGCUGGCUAUUGCAUAAUCACGUAUGUACUGGGAGUCGGCGAUCGUCACUUGGACAAUCUGCUGCUUACAGCGUCAGGGAAACUUUUCCACAUCGACUUCGGAUAUAUCUUGGGCAGAGAUCCGAAACCUCUGCCGCCUCCGAUGAAGCUCAGCAAAGAGAUGGUCGAGGCCAUGGGCGGUGUCGGUUCCGAGCAUUACCAUGAGUUCCGGAAACAGUGUUACACGGCAUUCCUCCAUCUGCGCAGGCACGCGAAUCUAAUACUGAAUCUAUUCUCACUGAUGGUGGAUGCGAGCGUGCCUGACAUCGCUUUGGAGCCGGAUAAGGCCGUGAAGAAAGUACAGGAUAAGUUGCGAUUAGACCUGAGCGAUGAGGAGGCCGUACAUUAUGUGCACAAUCUCUUAGACUUGUCAGUCACCGCAGUCAUGGCGGCGCUGGUAGAGCAGCUCCACAAAUUCGCGCAGUAUUGGCGGAAGUAAAGGUGAAUGCCGAAAGGUAUAGCGAAAUCACGCAAACUGUGUUCCAUUCUAAAUGCCAGAAUUAUUGUUAUAUUAUGUGUACAUAUAGUUUUAUAUAUACAUACAUAUAUAUAUAUAUACACACCCACACACACACACACACACAUAUAUAUAUGUGUGUGUUAGAUACACACACACACACAUAUAUAUAUAUAUGUUGGACGUAUAUGUAUAUAUAUGUAUAUAUAUAAAGAAAAUGACCACAUGGCGUAUUUCACGAAUGUAAUAUAACUUAUUGUAUUUUAGCUAAUAAACCUUUGAUAAUAAUUAUAUAA